AUGGGCGUCAGUAUCCCGUACUCGUUCGGCUGCCUUGGUGCGAUACCUGCUGAGGUGAAUGUGAGGAUGGGUCGGCCCAAACCAGAGGUGUGGCACAGGAUGCAGCCGUUUGAGAAGCAGCUGAGGGAGAGUGGGGGGGCGCACGGGCCCAAGCCGGAGGUGUGGCACAGGAUGCAGCCGUUUGAGAAGCAGCUGAGGGGCGACAAGGUGCAGAUUAUCAAGCUUCCUUCUUCCGCUCCCUCCCUCCCUCCCUCCCCCUCUCCCUCCAACCCUUCCUCCCAUCCUCCCUUGUGUGAUCCUUUUCUAUCCCCUCACUCGCCCCGCAGGCCCAAGCCGGAGGUGUGGCACAGGAUGCAGCCGUUUGAGAAGCAGCUGAGGGGAGACAAGGUGGUGAGCAUCGGCAUGCACGUGAGGCAGUUCGGUCAGGGCCCCGCCCGGCCUAACGCCACCGUCAGCCCGGAGGAGCUGCAGCGAGGCAUGAACGACUCUGUGCGGCCGGCCUUCCAGUGCGCUGAGGUCAGUGGUCGCCUUGGGAAAGCCCCCCUCCUUUCCCCCUCCUCCUCCCCCCCGCCCCAGUUCCCUUCGCCCACCCCCUGCGACCCAACGCCACGAAUGUGCAGAACUGGUGGUACUCAUCAGCUCUCACUGUGA